GUUCAUGUUUUCCUAGCCACGGGGAUUUACUCUCCAAGAGCCGACUGCAUUUUGGUGAGGACAACAUUUAUUUUAUUUUUGUGUUAAAAAGAAGUCGGAACGCUUAUUUAUUCUUUUAGUGUUACCAUAUUAAAGGUGACCAUAAUGUACAGUAUGACGUGCGGCAUAUAAAAAACGUGUUUUCUUGUUUUCUCACACUUCAGAGGUCCGACGGUGUUCGCCCGAGAAAUGGCGUGGCAGAAGGAAGCGCUCGUACUUGCGUCGACUCUCGUAGUGUACACCUUGUCGGCUUCGGACGUCGUCGUUACCAGCUCUCAGGGCAAAUUGCGAGGCCGGUCUAAUGCCGUAUUUGGAAAUCCUGUUGAGACGUUUCUCGGCGUUCCCUACGCGCUUCCACCCGUCGGAAACCGAAGGUUUCGCAAACCAGUGCCUUUGACUACUUGGGACGGCGUCUACGACGCAACGGUGCCGAAGCAGUCCUGCAUGCAGCCUGUUCAGUCGGGCCGCUUCGAAGCCCCCGUGCCGUUUUCUGAGGACUGCCUGUAUCUUAACGUUUGGACACCGAGCACGUCCGACUCACUGCGAAGACCGGUGCUGGUAUGGUUCUACGGCGGCUUGUACAUGGUGGGCUCGGCGUACGUGGACAUAUACAACGCCACGGCGUUGGCCGCCUUCAAUGACCUCGUGGUGGUGUCGUGCGACUUCCGCUCUUCUAUGUACGGCUUCUUUGAGUCAGGCGACGCCGAAGACGGGCCCGGCAAUGUGGGGCUUUGGGACCAGCGGCUCGUGCUUGUGUGGAUCCGCGACAAUAUCGCGGCGUUCGGUGGGGACCCCGACCAAGUGACACUCUUCGGGGUCAGUUCCGGAUCCAUGCUGGCCCACGCUCACGUCCUCUCACCGCUGAGCAGGGGACUGUUCAGACGCGUGUACCUGAUGAGCGGCACAUUAAACAUCAACGUUCAUUCUGACUCGGCGACAGACAGCGUCUACAAAGGUAACCAAGUUGCGGCAAUUGUAGAAUGCGCGACCCCAUUUCAAGACCUCACUACGCAUACGCGGCGUGUUCUGGACUGCCUCCGAAACGUAACAGCCGAUCGUAUCGACGCAGCGACGGUUAUCGCCAUGCUACCAGGUCUAGUAUUCUUCAUGCCCACGUUCAGGAGUGAAUUCAUUCCUAUGCUCCCUUCGGCCGCCAGCGAGGCAGGUGCGUUCUCUCCCGUGGACGCAGUCGUAAGCGUCACGUCGAAUGAGGGAAGCUUUGCAUUCGUGAACCAAUUCGACCAAAGGUUGCUCGAUCCCUGUCUAAGCGAUAUCGACAUGGAAACGUUGCAAGCUGAAGUAGAACAGCUGCUCCGUAUGUGGGUAAAAGAAAAAGUGUUGCCGUUUGCCCAAGGUUAUGUCGCCACUGCCGCUCCAGGCAACAAAAUAGCGCUGAGAGAUAAGGCUGUUGACUUCCUAGGCAAGCACAACGCAUACUGCCAAAGCCGAUUUUUCGCUGAAGAUCACUCCAAGUUUGCAAUCAACGUGUACGCGCAAGUUUUCGCACAUAGGUCGAAGAAGUCGACGCUGCCAGAGUGGGUCGCAGCGUCUCACAUGGAUGACGUUCCGUACACUUUCGGAAUUCCUUUCUUGGAGCCGGACAAGUACACUGACGAGGACAGGAACUUUAGCGCAGUGCUCAUGAAGAGCCUGGCAGCGUUCGCCGAAAACGGGGUGCCCAAAAUUCCUGAGCUGCAGUACUGGCCGCCAUUCUCUGCCACUUCUCCAAACUUUGCGUGGCUUCAGCCUGGAAACUACAGCCUGCUGAAAGAUUUCCUCGGCACAACCUGCGACCUGUGGAGAAAUUUUCUGUAGGCACAGCACCUUUUGUAAAUUGCUGACUGCAACAAUGCAAGUCGCUCAUGAUCAGUAGCGUCAUUUCAGCCCAACUUUUCAAGUGAAUGAGUGAUUGCAUAUGUGCACACGUGGCCUGUUCCUGGCAAAAACUUUACAGCUGUAAUGUUAACGGAGCUCCAACCAGUACUCGUACAAAUGAGAUGCUGUCGCAUUUUGUUGAUUUAUUUUGUUCCGGUUUUACCCUGACGUAAUAAAUAGAUAUUUAAAAAGAAGCAUGUUAUUGCAGCCCAAAAAUAUUCAAAUAUAUUUUUUUUAUAUUUAUGCGCUGUGCACGCUCCGAAAGACGACGACAGAAAACGAAGGAUGUUUGCUCCACUUGUUUUUUCCGGCUGUCGGCGUGCUGUUCAAAAUUAGGAACUUUUACUAAUUAACGCACCUUUAAGGUGAGCUUAUUUCUUAAUUUAUAAAUUUUAAUUUUAUACGACGACGUUUUAAAUAUGCUUCAACGAAGACUUUAAGAGUAAGGGUGCUUCAGGUGAGUGCGUUAAAUCGUCCUUAAAAGCAGCGCAGUAACUAUAAGAAUGUUACUUUGUUCGGCUACACACUAUUCACUCAGGACACACCAGAAACUGUGCGAUUGCCACUGGUGACAUCCAAUAGCCGACUUGACCUAGUCAAGGCUAACCGUUAAAAUGCCGACGUUGAAACUAUAGGAAUCGGUUGGUGCCAACGCUAUUUUGCCUUGCAAUUUUGCCUCUCAAUGCGCAACGAAGAGAAGAAUACUGUCUGGGUUGUUUCCGCUUUUGUAAGAAAGGAACAAGGUGGUGUCGACUGUGGAAUUUUGGCUCCGAUGUCAUUUAUGAGACGAAUCGCGAUGGCACAGUAACGCUGCGAAUACGCACAUGUUUUACGAAGUUAUUGAAAAAUAAAUUGGCUAAUUGGUGUAAUUUCCUAGGAUGAGACUUAAUUAGGCACGGAAAGACGUAAAUGACAAAAAUAAAUAGCCAGGAUAAAGCGCCGGUUUGUCAUGUUCUCUUUCUUGUCCUUGGCGCGUACUAGCACCUAAUUUUCUUCCAGCCUUCUUUACGAAGAAGUCCCACAACACUGAACCUCUCAAAGUCAAAAUCAUGCCGCAUGCAUUCGUACGUGUCUAUUUAAAGCCACUCGCCAAUACGCAUUAGGAAGCAAUAAAUAAAUGAAGUCUGUGUCUCUUGUGAAAUGAAAUAAAAUCACU